AUGGCCUCUUCGCUGCGGCGGCGGCUGCGGCGGCGGCAGCAGCUCCGCGGCGUUCCUGCCCGCUCCCCUCCUCCACCCGCCCGCCUCCCGCCCGCAGCCCCAGAUCCCAGCGCGCACGCGCGCCGCCGCCCGCCCACCGCGGCCAUUGGCUCAGCCCGCUUCCUGGGCACGCCCCCCUUCUCCCCCCCCAAGCGUCCUCACCGAUUGGCGGGCGAUGAAACCUUUGGUUGGAAACAGUUGCUCUGCGCCCCGCAGUGCGGACCCCUCAGGGCUGACUUGGGGGGGAUUCUAGCGCGGUGUCCAGGCCAGAAUUACUGGUGCAGUGACCUGGAGAUAAGGGCUUCGCCUCUGGAAAAUGCUCAGGAUUCGGUGCUUCUGAAUUCAGGGUGCACCGCAAACAGGAUUGAAGCUCAUCUGAUACUCAAAAUAUUAUCUCCAAGCACAGUUAUGGAGCUUCUUCCAUGUACCAGAUAUUUAGUGGCAAAUACUACAGACACAGACCACGAGUGCAGCAUUCAUGAACAAGAUCUGCAGCCAAAUUUAUUUCCAAAGAGGAAGUCGAAGAGAGCCUUGGAGACAAGAAAGACCUGUUUGGUGUUGGUUGCUGAGAGCAGAGGAUAUUUAGUGGCAAAUACUACAGAUACAGAUGCCCUGACCUGGAAUUGAACCGUGACCUCCUGGUUCAUAGGUGGACACUCAACCACGGAGCCAGCAGGGAUACCACCAGAAUCAUUUUGAAAUGUACAAUUCAGUGACAAUGACCACUCGUUCUGAUCGAUGGCACACGCACUUUCUGAGCAGCCCUUCAAAACAUACGAAGAAGUGGAAAAUUGGGUCUCUGAAUGGUCUGCCUCAAAACAAGGAAAGUUCUAUUGGGAUGGUAUCCACAAGUUACCUGAAAGAUGGGGGAAAUGUGUAGCUAGCAAUGGACAUUACUUUGAAUAAAGCACUUUUGAUGUUUCUC